AUGCCAUUAGAAUGGAAAUCAGCGAACAUCACUCCACUGCACAAGAAGCAGCGGAAAGAACCAGCAGAAAACUAUCGUCCCAUUUCUCUCCUUCCUAUAGUCAGCAAAGUCUUGGAACGUUGCGUGUAUUCCCAAUUCUACGAACAUGUCUCCUAUCUCAUCACUCCACAUCAACACGGUUUUCUACGAAAUCGUUCCUGCGUUACACAAUUGCUCUCCGUGCUUCAUUCCAUAGGACAAAAACUUGAUACGAACGAACAGACUGACAUAGCAUACCUCGACCUCGCGAAAGCCUUUGAUUCCGUAGAUCACUCCAUUCUCCUUCAAAAACUCAAAUGCUACGGUGUAACAGGAAGGCUGUUAAAUUGGUUUGCUGAUUACCUCAACAAUCGUCGUCAGAGAGUCGUAAUGGACGGUGCUACAUCGCAAUGGACCCCAGUUACAUCCGGAGUGCCGCAAGGUAGUAUCCUGGGUCCAAUGUUGUUCGUUAUUUUCAUCAACGAUGCUCCUGAUGUCAUCAACAACAAAGCAAUUCCAGCACUAUUUGCAGACGACACUAAGCUCUACAAGAACAUAACAUCAGUGAAUGACUGCAACCAGUUGCAAGAAACUUUAACACACCUUGAUACUUGGAGUCAGGAUAACAACAUUAAAUUCAACGGGUCGAAGUGUAAAGUAUUGUCGGUAACGCGCAAGAAGGCCCCAAUUUCUUUUCCCUAUCAUCUCGGGUCGACAGAGCUGUCGAGAGUUGACGACGAAAAAGACCUUGGCGUAAUCUUCUCCAGUAAACUACAGUGGAACUUACAUAUCAACGAAAUGGUAUCGAAAGCGAAUAGGCAGCUAGGCGUGCUUAAGAGGACUUGCUACUCACUCACAGACAUCAACAUCCGACGUACACUGUAUCUUUCGCUGGUGAAGUCGAAGCUCAGCUAUGCAACACAAGUUUGGUCGCCUACUCACAACAGACAACUCAAUGAAAGGAUUGAAAGAGUUCAAAGAAGAGCCACAAAAUGGAUUCUAAGGACCGGGACUUGUGAAAUGCCAUACAAGCAACGGCUGUUGAAAUUGGAACUCUUACCACUCUCUUACGAUAGAGAGAUGAAAGAUCUCGUAUUCUUCUUCAAGGCGUUGUACGGUUACGUCGAUCUUAACAUUAACAAUUGCGUCUCUUUUAUUCAACAUGGACGUACUCGACUUAGCCAAGCUACUGGUGUAGUGCUUCAAACUCUUAUGUGUAGAACUGCUACGUUUCAAUCAUCUUAUUUCAACCGUAUUGUCAAACCGUGGAACAAUGUAUGUCAAGAUUUCAAUCCAGAUACAUUCUCUAGCCCUAUCUCUUUCAAAAACUUUCUUAAACGCAGCUAUUUAGAACUUCUACACUCUGUAUAUGAUGUUGACCUACCCUGUACUUGGUUCUCGGUGCGUGACUAUCCCUGUCACAGAGAACAGCGAAAAUAAAUGUGUGUUUAAUAGACCAUCUUUGGGGCUAUUUUCCAGUGCAGUCGCUUUGCCUGCGCGAGCGGAAAGGACUUUCAUUUUUGUCCGCCUGAAUGCUCGCGGACACGCCAUGAAAGUAGAACUAAUUUUUCACAUGAUAAAAUCGCGCGUGCGGGGCGACUGCGGUGGGAAGUGGCCUUUAAGCGUCUGUGUGUAACCUGUCUGUGUGUGUAACCUGUCUCUGUAUGUGGUUUGUCUGUGAGCGUGCGUAUAUGUAUACUAUGUGUAAUAUAAGUAUAUAACUGUACAUAUAAUCAUAUAAUUGGAUAUCAGUCGUCUGUUUGUCUACCAUACAUUGAUGUUUGUAUCAAGAUUGAAUAUCAGACGUCUGUUUGUCUACCAUACAUUGGCCCGGCUUCACACAAAAUCGAAAGAAUUUUGAGGAAUGAAGCAGGUAUAAAGGUGUACCAUUCCAGCGAAAACAAAUUGUUUCGAGCUCUUUGCACACAUAAGGACAAUGUAAAUGAAUCUCAGAAACCUGGUGUGUACCGCAUUCCUUGUGAAUGUGGUCUGGUUUAUAUUGGUGAAACUGGUCGAAAUCUCUCACUACGUCUUAAGGAACACAAGACGAAUUGCGAGAAAGCCGAGCAAGAUAAAUCUGCUGUGGCUAAACAUACUUGGACUUACGACCAUCGUAUAAAAUGGGACGAAGCAACCAUUCUGGCGAUUGAUAGUCACAAGUUCUCUCGCAAAAUGAGGGAGUCAAUUGAAAUUGAGAAGCACAAUACUAUAGAUCAGGAGGGAAAGCCACUAGAUAGUACGUGGCGUGCUCUCUUUAAUGUGCAAAAUUAAUUUCUCUUGUCUAUGGAUGCGCGCGCGUUAAUUGGAAUCACUUCACUACGUUUGGAAUGACGUGGUUGAUGUGCCGUUUAAUUAAAUUUCAAAUGACGCGAGCCAACAGAUCACGACACUUUUGUAUAUAAAAAGAGCGUGUGAAUUAAACAAGUCACAUAUUAUUAGCACUGAUGAAGAUCUGGGCUUACGGAUCGAAAGCUUUGCAGUAAUAAAUUUACGUGGUGUUUCCACAAACAAAACCUAUUAUAUUUUAUCACCAUGCAAACAUACAAAGAACUUAAAUUAAACAUACCUUUUUAGAAGAAAAAAAUAUACCCAAGUAUUUUUAACCUUUCCAUCACAUGCUCGCUGUCUCAAUGUUUCCACCUUUUUUGGCGUUGUCUAGUUUUUCAUGAAAAAUGGAAAUCGCAUAUUUAGUCCCACCUUUUUCGCGCUUACCACUUCGCUAACAAAACCCGCGAGAAAGGUUCGUUUUUUGAAAUUGACCCGUUUAACGCCAUUAGUUAUACGCCACACAUACUAGCCUUGCACAGUGAUCAGAGAGCUAUGGCGACUGUAACAUGGUGAUAGGGUUAAAAAAGUGUAGCCACGUUUCUGAGGGCCACAAGUUUUUCAGCCCAUGGCUGUAAUGUGUUUUUACCCUCGUGAAAUAAAGUUUUAAUAAAUAAAAAGUAAAUAAAUGUGUACAGCCGUUACUCUCGACGAAGCGCGCGAGAGAACGUCUGUGAGUUGGAUGCAUAAUCCUUGUUCAGGUCACGUGGAUAGUUCCCACAUUUGAGGACAUUUUGGGGGACAUUACUUUAAAAUGUACCUUUUGAAUAACCAGUUGUGUUUAUAUUUAAUACCUUGUCUUUGUAAACAAAUAUACGCCAAGAACUGAGCUUGUACACCGGAUUUGCCGGCAAUGAUCACCGUCCAGCAUUGUUCGCACUCAAAACAAAUCUCUUCAUCGAGAAAUAUAUGCGAUAUAUUUCUGGUGUAUCGUUUUUCAGAUUGUAUUUCAAGUCUUUCAAACAUUUGUAUGCCCCGAAGGAAAUCUUGAUUCUUGAUCUGGUAUUUUAAAAUUUUUGUGUUGUUAUUUUAAACGCAUGCGAAAUUAUCAAUUAACCAAUGAAAUAGCUUCAUUUGUCAUAAAUUAUUCAAAUAAAGCACUGUCCAAUCAGAGGCGGUCCCCAAAUCUGGGAACUAUCCACGUGACCUGAACCAGGAUUAUGCAUCCAACUCACAGACGUUCUCUCGCGCACUUCGUCGAGAGUAACGGCUGUACACAAGCUAUAAAAUUGCAGCCGCAAUCAUUGUACGGCGGAAAUUUGUUCAUUAUUUUGAUGUUGAUUAAGGAGUAUAUCUCACUUCGGAAGGAGAAAUAAUUCUCCCCUCGGAAAAUAUGUAGAUUAUUUGAAAUUGACUAAAAUUUCGAGCAGUUUUAUACUGUCAACGGAGAGCUCAUAACAACAACUGCAAUACCUAUAACCAAUUAACAAUCCAACUUAACAGCGGUUUAUCUCGGUUUAUUUAUUAUUUCCUAUCAACCGUCAUCAUCUUUUGCACGGGCAUCACUUAACCAUCCGCCAAGUCGAUCCUCUUAGACAACAACAGCACCUAUAGAAAGGCCGAAAUUCAGAGUGCCAACAAUAAAAGAAUUAGUGGUUGGAAGAAAUCAUUUACUGAAAACCCCUUCUAACCUCUGGGAAAUUCGACUUUAAAAUAUUACUUAUCAAACGAUGAGGAUAAUUUUAUUUAACCAUGCACUGACGUAUUUGUUCAAUUAAUAUUUUCUUCUAAGUAUACUGUACUCCAUAUUGUUUUAAACAGUGCGGUUGUUCUAAUUAAAAAGGUAUGUUUUCUCACGUACGUUGUGGCAAAACAUUUCAUACCAUAAAAAUAAGGUGGUAAAUUUGUGCUAAUGAACCGGAAUAGAAAAGUUAAAUCCUGAAAGUUCUACAAAAUUCUGUUUUCAAUUUUCGGAAUUUAGUGAAAAUCAGAAUUGCCGAAAGGUACCACUGACCAUAAUCACCUCCUCUCCUCGGCAACCAAACAGCGUGGAAAAUUGUCAAUAAUCACUUAUGUAAUUAUACUGAUAUAUAAAAAAGUCCAUAACCUUAUUAAAUCGACUGGCGUUGUUGGAAGUUUUCAAAUGGUUUUACAAACAGUUUCCGCUUUUAGAAGUUGUUCCGUUUUUCAUGUAAUCCCCCGUCCCCCGAUUCUAUAGGUUUUAACACAAAGCUUAAUUGUGUCUCUAUUUUACAAUAGUCAUUUCAAGGGCGAAGGUAGUAAUCAGUGAUAUACUUAUAAACGUCAAAGUUCUGGAGAUUAUGGAGAGGUUUUCGAUCAAAUCCAUCGCGCUAAAAUGGUUCUACUUCUGGUCGGUAGGGAGUGCGAUUAUCUACACAGAAUUCAGUAAUAUAUACAUGAAACAACUUGGAUUAAGUCCGCGGCAGAUUGGACUAACAAAUCUUAUGGGAGUUCCGAAUUUAUUCAUGCCAUUAUGUCUAUUCAUUGGCGACAAAUUUCGGGUGCGAAAACUUUUGGUUACUAUUGGAUUAGUUUUUCUGGUCGUAUGUUAUAUUCUGCCGCUGCUUCCUUUAAUAGUUUCGCCACCAGUGAUUUUUUGCUUAACAUCAAACAAGUCGAUAGCGUUUACAUCUGGACAUUCUAUCAAUAGUUCAGUGAUUUCACGAAAUUCGUUUUCUACCAAUAAUUUAACCUACAAAUUAGGCGACUCGGAGCAAGGAACAACACCCACAAACACAGAGGCAAGUUAUUCUGAAAGUGUUCCCUGGCUUAGCAAAUUGUUUAUCUUGAUGCUUGUCACCAGAACUGCAUAUGAAUUUCCGCAUCGAAUGCUUGCAUCUCUAGGAGAUUUGGCGACCAUUACGUACCUUAAAGAGCGCAGAGCAAAUUACGGUGCAUAUUAUAUGUGGAGCCAUAUUGGUGGUGGCAUUUCGAUAUUCACUGUCGCUAUGUUGGCAUGGUUUAUCAAAAUUAACAUUUGUGGGACAGAAAACUAUGGUUAUUUUACAAUGUAUAUCGUUGCAGGCUGUAUGGCCCUACUUUCAAUGCUUUCUCUGCCGUGGUUUCGGUAUGAAUACAACGAAAAUAAAACUAUUAACUGGUCAGAAGUAAAAUCAGCAUUAUGUAAUGCUCAUUUCGCACUCAUGUUUUGCAUUCUUUUUUGUACCGGAAUUCCUAUAGCCUUUCAGACAUUCUGGGAGUUUUGGUAUUUAGACGGAUUGUCUGCAAGUCCUUUAUUAUUGGGUAUAGCUGGAUUAGUUCGUCGGCCAAUGCUGGCAAUAUGGAUGCUGUUCUCUUGCGAGUUGCUGAAAAGAAUUGGUGAGCUGAAGACUAUAUGUAUCGCUUUCUUUCUGUUUGCUCUGUCCUUUUUGGCUCUGUCCUUCACACGGGUACCAUGGUUUGUGCUGGCUAUCGACUUGUUUCAGACGGCUGCUUAUGGACUGGCAUAUUGUAGCUUCACAGUGCAUUUUUCAAAAGCAGGUUCAAAAACAUGUUCAGGAGUUAUUCGUGGUAAGUCUUUCUUUACCUCAUUUCCAACUAGCGUCGAAUUUACCGGCAUAGGGUAAUUGUAUGUAAAAUUCCCUCACAUAUAGAAAUUAGAGGGAAACGGCAACGAAAAUUUGUUUGCCUAAUCAGUUGUUGAGAUUAAAAUGUUGAGAUUAUUUACAUAUUCUUUUUGCGAAUUCUUCCAAACUAUCUUAAUUUUUGCAAUAUUUGAAACUAAAAUCGUCUUGUUAUAUUUAACAAAAUUAAUAUCAAACAUUUUCCGUGUUGAUAUGCAGUUAUAUCAACACGAGUGGAAAUUGGGAUAAUGAGAAAUUGUGUGGAAACACGACGCCCGAAGGGCAGAGUGUUUUCACACAAUUUCGAGUUUUCCCAAUUUUCCGCCUCUUGUAAACACGGAAAUUUUCUUAUACUCGGGCUUUUGACAUUGCUAUAUUAUAAAAAUAUAUAAAUCAUUUUUUCCGUAUUGAUAUAUAAUUAUAUCAACACACGUGGAAGUUGGGAAAACUCGAAAUUGUAUGAAAACACUCCGCCUUUCGGGCGUCGUGUUUCCAUACAAUUUCUCGUUUUCCCUGAUUCCACUCGUGUUGAUAUAACUGUAUAUCAACACGGAAAAUGUUUUAUAUUUGUUAAAUAAAGAAAGAAAUUUUCCGAUGUUUCCGUGUUGACUUUGAGUUAUAUCAACAUGGCUAUUAGCCAGUCAGCGUUCAGAAUUUACAAAUGCUAUAUUAUAAAACUAGAAGUUACUAUCGCAAGGAAAAUGCUGCCUCACUCCCAAUGGAUCAAAGAAGGCAGCAUACACAAUUUGCUAAAUAAGGAGGUGUUUUAUGACCCCGCUUUGCUAAGACACGAUGUGCAUGAGGCAAGAUGAUUUAUAUCUAUUUCAAUAAGUCAUGGUGCACACUGAGUAACAAAAAACUUAAUUAUGUCUGACAGAUAGCAACAGUUACCUGUAAACUGAAAGGUUGUUCAAGCAGCAAUAAUAAUUUUCUCGAACUACAAGAUCUGCUCUACAACAUUUGAGUUCUGUUAACCAGCAUUUGAGUUCUGUUAACCACCAUCCAUCAUGUAAACAGCCCCUGAGACGCCUGUUCAGGAGGUAGGAAAAGUGCAAUUUGAACACCAAAACCUUGCACAAAGUCAAAGGUCAGCUAAAUAUCCUAAUUAUACUUUCUUGGCAUGGACGAUUUUGUAUGAAUACCUUCAUUGCUUAUAACUUCUUGCUUUUGUAUGUAUAAUUAUAAUACUGUCAGUGGUGAAUCUAGUCGUAGCAACAGGUCAUGCUAUGGUUUUCAAUGAUUUGCAUUGCAGGUCUAUUAGUAUAGCAUGACCGGUAAUUGCCAUGGCUAACUUGCCACUCAAUACUGCAUAAUAAUGCCAUAUGUAUAAACAAUAAUAAUACUGGAAUGAAUCAUUGGACUUGUAGAAUUUACUAAUAAUUUCAUAUAUAGAAAUAAUUAGUCAGUUUUUGUCCCAAUUAUCGUUUUAAUGGCAUGUUCAAGGCUACCCCUAUUGCAGAACAACUGAACAAUCUGCUGAUGGGGAGACAAAAUCUAUUUGCUCACAUUUUUGUUUAAUACGUCAGCUUCAGAUGACACCAUUCAUUUGUAAUGACUAUAUAAUAAGAAAGAAAUUGUGAGCAUUAUCGAAAAAUAUAGUAUACCCUGACAUUUGGCGACACUGUCACUGUGUGACACAGGAUUAUAUUUCACAUUGUGCUAACAGUGGAUAUAUCUCAGAGGUAUAUUUUUACAGUCUGACCGUCAUACCUUGUAACUGCAUGCUGGUAAGUUAAUAAUGCCGAAGUGGCCCCUAAAUAAAUGCAAAGAGGAUUUAAGUUUAAAUAUAUUUCAUUUGUUAAUGUACCAUAUUCAUCACAAACUGUAUAUAACGCGGAAAGUUGUGUAUGCACGUCUUUAUAAUAAACAGGCUUUAUAUUACACAGACUUAACAAAAAAUAUAUAAUUCGCUGUGAAUUGAGCUUAUUAAAUUAAAAGGAAAGAAAAAAUCGAGCAAAUUGACAUACCUCUAAAGGAUCUCCCUUUCUCACAAAACUUGAAUAUGAUAAGGGAUGGACCAUUAGAAAAGUGAUGAGGGGCGGGGGACAAAAGCAACAAUAAAAAUCGAGCAGGGGAAACAGAAAAAAAUUCGUGCACCAGAAAAGUUUGAAAAAAAAAAUUCGUACAGAGACUUUUCAAUAGGGAAAAUUAUAAGUUGACAGGGCCUAUCAGAAGUAUAGUGUAAGGGUGGCCACAAAAUUUGGAAAAUAGAUGAAAAAUAAUUUGGAACUUUUUAUGAUAUAAGUAAUGGUGUGAGAAAAAAAUUUUCUAAACCUAAAUGUAGCGGAUAUUGGUGCAAAAAAAGCGUUUUAAUCAUGUUUUAAGAAGUCUUUUUCAGGGAAAAUGUCUUUUAAACCUUAACUAAACUGAUGUUAGUCCGAAAAAAGUUUUUUGACCCCUUUUUUUUCUUUGUCCAUGAGAAAGAAUUUUGAAGUCCUGUGAAAAAAAUUUUGGUGCAAAAAAAGCAUUUUAAUCAUGUUUUAAGAAGAUUUUUUCAGGGAAAAUGUGUUUUAAACCUUUUUUGUCCAGAGGAAUUUUGGAGUCCUGAAAAAAAAUUUUCACCUCCUCCCCUCCCCCGCUCGCCAACAAUUUUUGGAGAAAAGAUAAUGUUCGAGCAAGGGAUUAAAAAAAAAUAUUCGACACAGCAAAACAUUUUGAAAAAAUAAUCGUGCACGUUGGAACUGGACCACCUCCCCACAUCAUUUUUCUAUUGGUCCGUCCCUAAGGCUAAGGAAAUAUGUCUUCGCCUCGCUCCUUACCUUGUGUUCAUAUGCCACAAAGCUGAACAAAGCUGCAGAUCGAAAUAUUUUUUAAACGCCAUUCUUGGCUACCUUCUUCGCAGGCCAUACAUCCCAUAUGAGUAUGCCCGUUCGCAGGUUGAAAUUUGAAAUCUGAGACGAAGCUGCUGCUUUCCGUUCGUUUCCCACCAAUUUUAUUUUUUUGAAAGGCCUGCGAAGGAGGUAGCAUUCUCGGUACGUCGUUCGCAGAUCGCUGAACAAAGUAUUCGGCACUCGUCGAUUUGCUAUCGUAAACUCCUGGGGUAUGAUAAUGCUCCAAUGUAAAUUCCUUACUGCAGCGUCAUAAUAUGACGUCACAACUGCCUACACAAAAUCAAGAUACGCUUCAGUUGGCGGGAAAUUCAAAUGCACUAUAACACAUCGUCAAGAAUAGGAGGCUGCCUUCAGCAGCAAUUAGGUCUAUAGUUAAAUGACGUCACAACUAAUGUAGACAUCUUAAAAAUAAAACAAGACGCUCUACGGGGAGUUAACUCGCUGGGGCUAUACAAAUACACUCAUUACUGUACAUGAUACAUUACUCAACUUUCUCUGUAGUUGUCUAACCUGUACAUUUUUUGUCCGCCUGACUGCCCGCGGACACACCAUGAAAGUUGAACUACAUUCAACUUCCUUGGUGUGUGCUCGCGCGACUGAUUUUUCACGUGAUUAAAAUUGGUCGCUCCGCCCGCGCGGGCAAAGCGACUGCAAUGGAAAAUGGCCUUCUCCGAGCUAAGAGGAAAAGUCGAAUACGAGCGCUUAACACAGUACUAUAAAAAUGCGCUAGGUCCUACAAGUAAAGUUAUAUUUAGUACGCUACAUCCUUCAAGACUGUCAGCCGCCAGUUGGUCCGUACAAAAUAAAAUAUUUUGGGGCUUUUGGGCUCAAAAUACUAUCAAAAGGAAGAGAGAAGUAAGACGAAUCCACUGGUAUGCAGCCGAAAAAGCGAAAACCAAUGAUACCAAAGUUAUCAAGGAUCAAACGAACUGCAUUUUUUUAUAAUUAGUUUGAUAAUUUUUAGCGAUUUGUCAACAAUACAAUUUCGCUUGGCUUUCAAAGACAAAGGCCAUAAAUCGCUAGAAUACUGUUGUUUAGUAAUACAUUUGACAUCUGUAAUUAGUACACGCUGACGCUGAAUCGAACGGUGGUAUUUUCAUCCUUAUUGCGCCAUUAGGCAUCAUAAAUACACUAUGAAACGUACUGCGAGUGAUUUGUCAACAAUUUGUACUGCGAGCGAUUUGUCAACAACACAAUUUUGCUUGAUGUUCAAGGGCCAUAAAUCGCUAGAAUACUGGUGUUUAGUAAUACAUUUAACAUCCGUGAUCGAGUACAAUUUCUUACUCUGAAUCGAACGGUGGUAUUUUUAUCCUUAUUGCGCCAUUAGGCAUUAAGCCUGGACCUGGUUUCAUUAAAUCGUAAUUAUCGCAAGAACCGCAUCGCAAGCGUCGCAACGAUUUUAAAAACGCGAAAUGUAAUUUUUAAUAAAAACUGCGAUUACUCCGAGUUUUGCGAUAACUAUGUCUACGUUCCGCGAUUAUUGCGAUGAUUACGAUUUAAUGGAAACCAGGCUUUACAAAUACAAGGACAAACGUACUGCGAGUGAUUUGUCAACAAUACGUACUGCGAGCGAUUUGUCAACAAUACAAUUCCGCUUGAUUUUCAAAGAGCAUAAAUCGCUAGAAUACUGGUGUUUAAUAACACACUUGACAUCCGUAAUUAAGUACAAUUUCUUACGCUGAAUCGAACGGUGUCGUAUUCUUCUCAAAAUAUAAAGCAGUGCAGCCAAACGUAACUUGUGAGUUGCGAUUUGCGAAGGUUGCUGCUUCCAUCACAAUUUUGGUAAAAUUCCUUGUAAAAUUGUUCAAUUUUUUUCAAUUUUCCCGAAUUUCGAAUUCCUCAAAACGCAAGAUUAUUUAUGGAUAAUAUGGGUAAAAAUUAGCAGGAGUCUUAUGGAUAAUUUGGGUAAAAAUUGGCAGCUCAUUAAUAUUCUACUUUGUGGCUAUCGACGACGAUUGGAGAUCCACUAUUGCUGAUCCACUAAGGGCCUGUUCAUAUGGGCAAAAGUUAUCCCAGUUAACCAGAGAACUUUUCGACUAGCCAAAUACUUUGUUGUGUUCAUAUGGAGAAAUAUUAUCCCACUUACCGGGAAAAGUUUCCGGCUGUGACGUAGCACUGAACAUCAAUUGAAUUGAAAAGUUGCUGACACGACAAAAAGUUAUCCCGCUAACCGGGAAAGUUGUGUUCAUAUCGGGAAAACAUUAUCCCGGUCACCGAGAUGUCGCCUGUCAACAAGCGAGAUCUCGGUACACGGGAAAUGUUUUCGUCUCAUAUGAACGCAAUGUAACUUUUCAUAUUAUUUUCGUAACAAGGCGAGAUCUCGCUCGUAAACUUGUCGAAAAGUUUUCUCGCUAACCGGGAUAAUUUCUGCCCAUAUGAACAGGCCCUAAAAAUGCGCGCCGAAACCUAUACUCGACACAGCGAGUAAAUAUGUUAACAGCGGAAUGUGUAAUUAUAUACUAGAAGUUACUAUCGCAAGGAAAAUGCUGCCUUAUCCCGCCUUCCAUCAUAUAAGUACGUAAAGCACCCCUAAGACACCUGUCCAGGAGGUAGGAAAAUAGCAAUUUGAAUACGAAAACACCUUGCAUUAUUAUUCGACCACCUUUAAUGUUAACCAGUAAUGGUGAAAAAUGCUGAGCUCAGCGAAAGUAUUGUCUCUUCGCCCAAACCUGCCCAAACUUGCUUUGCACAUCAUUUUGACAUCAAUACAUCAUGCAUGUAUUAUGACGUCUUGCAUACAUUAUGACGUCAUGCAUCCAUCUGCCCAAUUCCUCCACAUUGCAUUCCCAAGCACUGCCCAGCUCCCCCACAUAUUAUAGUAAUCACGUUACGUUCCUCAAAAAUCCGGGUCGAACAGCCGAUAUAUUACUACUUAUCUUGCUGUGUUUGAUUUGUAUAUUUAUGUAUUUCCAGGACUGCAAGAGGCGGUGUUUGCUUUGGGUACUGAAAGUGGUUCAGCUCUUUUGGGAGUUCUUUUCAACGCUUUGGGAACACGGACGACAUUACUUAUUUACUCAAUGAAUUCAGGAGUCAUUCUUAUUAUUUUACUUAUGUAUAUUCGCUUUUCAAAACGUGCCGAUGAUUAUGAAAAACUGCCUGAUCAAGAUACUGAUGAAGAAUGA